AUGAAUUUGUGCGAGAUAAAUAAGACCAACAACAAUAAUAAUAAUAUUAAUACCCAUAAUGGAACACAAACACUAAAUCAAGAUCAGCUGGAUCAUCAGCAAACAAUAGAGUAUUCAAUUUGUUCACUGUUCUCUAUUCUAUACCCGUUCAACACCAACUUUGGACAACAACAACAAUAUGAUCUCAAUGGCCAGUCACUGCCACUGCCGUUUGUCCCACUUCCACCUACACAACCAGUACUCUGGAGUGACUUUGAAGUGGACGUAGACUGCUCCUCAUCAGCUGGCAGCGAGGACACUACAAUCUCGUCAUGCUCAACUUCAGACUCAAUGUCUGAUGACAUUGCCAUGCUUGACAAAUGUCUAGCAUCAUCCAAAAGACGUAACAUUGUCAACAAUAACAACAACAUCACCAACAAUAACAACAACAACAACAAAGUACCAACACAAGCCAAUAGUAAUCAAAAGAAGAAGGAUAAGCUCAAGCGAAGGAUAUUCGUUGGAGGCAUCAUACUUGAUGACCUCUCACACCUGGACAACCAGGAAGAGAUCAAGAAGCUUCGAACUGAUCGUCUCCUCUAUCUCUUUGGCUCAUGUGGCAAGAUCGACAAGGUUGAUCCACACUUUGAUCAAGGAUACUGUUUCAUAACAUUCUCUGCAGCAAACAUUGCUCAACGUACUGUUAAGCAAUUUGCUAAUGCUGCCAAGAAGUUUACCAUGUUGGAGAAGAUACAAUUAUCACUCGCCAAGGAAGGCAAGGACAUUAGAGCUACACCAUUGCCAUCGUUCUAUGUUCGUUUGUCCUCCACCCAUUAA